AUGGAUGUUCCCGGUGGCUUUGGCUACGGCUUCAUCGACUGCGAGGAGACGAAGCUUCGCUUUACCCGAGACGUCUACGUCCAUCGAAACCAAUUGGAGGGUUUACAGAUUGGUGACGAGGUGACAUUCACGCUCAUGCUGAACAGCAAAGGCGAGCCGCAGGCGCGCAAUGUCAUGAAACUGGAGGAUGCACUCCUGCUCAGCUCGGGGCAGGCAAUGCAGACACAGGAUCUUCAUCUUAUGGACGAAAAUCAGGCCCUGGCCGCCCGGGACCGGGAUGCCUUGCAGUGGAUUUUGUGGGGAAGCGGCAGAUUCGGAGAGAUCGACUUUUUGCUCAAGUAA